CAAGCAAUUACCGGUAUUUUUCUCACUUUGUCUUUUUUCAGAUUCCCUCUUUUCUUCUUCUCCACUCCUUACCCAUUUCUAAAUCUAUCUCCUUCUUCUAUUGCAGAUCUCAGAUUCCAUAAUGGCUAUCUAGUUAAAUCUAGUUUUCAAUUUCAUUUAGUUUUUUAUUCCUGUAUUUUCGAAUUUCAUUUCAGUUAUAUGAUAAAAUAAAAAAUUAUCCCAAAACAAACUGUUUCCUUCUUAUUUUGUUACUGUUUAAUCAAAUUAGAAGGCUCAAUUCUGACAAAAUCGGAUGUCGAUCAAUACCGCGGGAGGGUACUAUGAUACGGCCAUAUCAGAUGCACUUUUUUGGUUUUAUAAUUCAAUAGAAUCUAUUACUAAAUUACUUUCUCAGUCUUAUUUUAUUUUAUGUGUUGUCAUUAUUUUUUGAUCCAUUCCAAAAAUAAUAUCACUUUUUUUAUUUGAUAACUAUUUAAAGUUAUAAUUUUUACUUUUAUCAUUAUUGAUUCCACUUCUAAUAUUUUACUUAAUUAAAAAUAAUAAUAAUAUAUUUUUUAAUAGAGGAUACUUUGAUAAAAAUUACAAGUCUUCCUAUUUGUUAAAAUUUUCAUCAAAUCAAGACACAUUUUUGUUUGGGACUUUGGAUUAAAAAGGACUCCCAAGUUGCACAAUUGAGUGGGAGUCCUUUAAGUUUUUUAAUUAAGUGGGAGUGAUAAUUUUUUUUCUUUUUUAAAAGUUUUUUCAACCCAAUAACUUGUUUCAGUUGUUCGACAAUUUUGAUAAUUAUUUAAUAGCUGUGCUUGUUCCACAACUGUGUGAAGUCGUUCAAAUAACUAGUGUAGUUGUCUAACAACUAUCUCAGUCGUUCAAAAAGAGGUAGUUUAUUUUUAAUAAAUUUAUGGAACCCACUUGUCCCGUGUUCUUAAUUGGAACUUGGGCAUCUUUUGACUCAUUUUUCUCUUUUUGUUUCACGACCUUCAUUACCGCAGAGAUAAAACCCUAGCUGUAUGUCUUGUAACCAGUCACAACAUUUUUGGUUUGCUAUAAGUCCUAAAAAAGUUAUGGUAUUUGGGUAAUGUUGGAUUGCACUUCUUCUGGGUCGCAUUUGCUGCUUCAAGAGCCAGGUGAAGUGCUGGCAGGAAUCAACACAACACAGAAACCAUAAAUCCCUCUAUAUCUCUCGCUCACUUGAAAAAAAUGCCGUCAUUUCCUCGACCAGGUGCAGUUACCAUCUGCGAAAUCAAUCGAGACCUCAUUACUGCAAAUGAACUCUCUGAUGAUGCAGCUAAGGAAACCUAUGGCAAGGUUCUUGGAAUUUUAUUCAGUCCAGUUCUUUUUCAAUCAGAAAAUUUGUUGACUGCACUGAGCUCUGAACAAGGUGCCAACCAGAGGAAUAGUGGCCUACUUUCGGCAGCAUUGCAGGCAGUCUCUACUGGUUCGUUGAGGCACCUUUUUCGCCCCAUUGAUGUAAAAUUGUCACAAGAUUUUGAUUUCCAUAUCCUUGAUUGGCACCAGCACAAGCAUAUAUUAGCCUUUAUUUCAGGGCCACAUCAGGUGACAGUUCGUGAUUAUGAAGAUUCUGAAGGAGAGAGCCCUUGCAUUUUGAUCAAUGAAUCCCAAAAAGAUGUUAGAAGUCUAUCAUGGCGGCCAAAUGGUGGGAGAGCACUUGCUGUGGCCUGCAAGGGUGGCAUUUGCAUUUGGGCUGCUUCAUAUCCAGGCAAUACAGCUUUGGUGAGGUCAGGUGUCACAUUGGGUACUCUCUCUAGAGGGUCAGGAACUAAAUGGAUUCUUAUAGACUUCCUUGUAAGUCCUGAAUAUGAACAACAUACAACACUUUCCUGGAGCCCAAAUGGAAAGUAUUUGGCAUCAGCUUCAUUUGUGAGCUCUUCAUUCAUCAUUUGGGAUGUUGCUCAAGGAAUGGGAACACCUAUUCGACGUGGCUUAGGGGGCAUAUCUUUACUGAGAUGGUCCCCUUCAGGAGACUAUUUCUUCUCUGCAAAAUUUGAUGGGACAUUCUAUCUCUGGGAGACUAAUACAUGGACAUCAGAACCAUGGUCCUCAACUAAUGGUUUUGUCAUGGGAGCAGCUUGGGAUCCUGACGGUAGUAGAAUAGUCGUUGCUUUCUCUGAAUCUUUAACCUUGGGUUCCAUUCACUUUGCAACCAGGCCACCAUCUCUAGAUGCACAUCUUAUACCCGUUGAGUUGCCAGAGAUUCAGUCCUUGACUGGCAGCCGAGGAAUAGAUAAGAUAGCAUGGGAUGCGUCAGGAGAGCGUCUAGCGUUGUCUUAUAGAGAUGGGGAUGACUUGUACAGGGGUCUCAUAGCAAUAUAUGAUGUUCGAAGAAGUCCACUGAUUUCAGCAUCUUUGGUUGGGUUCAUUAGGGGUCCUGGAGAUGACGUCAAACCAAUAGCCUUUUCAUUUCAUGACAAGUUUAAGCAGGGACCAUUGCUUUCUGUGUGUUGGAGCAGUGGAUUUUGCUGCACCUAUCCCCUUAUAUUUCGCUCACAUGUUCUUCCAUAAUCAUGAUAUAGCAGAAGUUCUACAAUCAACUGUGACAUUAGAAAAACAAUUUCAUCCAAGAUUGAAGAAUCUGAUUUCAUUAUUCAAGCUCCUUUUCUGUCAUUUGGAGAUUGCAGGGCAGUGCAUUUGGCAAUUUAAUCUUUAUUAACUCUUUUUAUGUUC